AUGGACGUAAGUGAGAAAAGAUACUCCCACUCAGAUCUUAAGUUUUUCAGCAACCUACCUGUUUAUCAAAUAUUGGAGAGCACCAAUUGGUCUGAAGAGCGCUUUCAAGAAACCGGUUUAGACUUUGAUAAUAUUGACCAAUCUUUAUUAUUUCUGAGUGUAUUUGCCAUAAUUGUUACUUGUGAUAACCAGUUAUAUCAAAUUCAAGUGAACAAAAUUCUCUCAAGAAUAACUGGUCAAAAGUUUUACUCUCACAUAAGUAACCUUUUGUGUAGAAUCGAGAUAAGGUCACCAAUUGCUAACGAAGAAUGGCUGGAAAUACUAGGAAAUAUUCUUGUUGUUUUACGGCAGCAAUGUUGCAAAAUUCCAUCGAUAGCUCUAGACUGUUUAGGACUUUGUACUUAUUUGAGGUCAGCGACAGCCAGACUUAUACUCUCAAGCAGUACUGAUACCUUGACCAACCGAUUAUCAAGCAUAAAGGAUGAGGUUGAGGCCAUCCAAAAUAGUUUGUCUGUCAAAGCAGUCAAAUCCCACGUAGAAAAAUGGAAGGACAAAAAGGAUAAGAGGAAACCACCAAAUAAUUUUCGGAAAAUACCGAUUCUACCUUCAAGGGGUGAUAUAUUCCAUGAGCCAUUCCUGAGGAAAAAUUUAACAAAGGGGUAUUACGAUAAUUUAGACCAUUAUUUAGACGUCCAGUUCCGGCUAUUAAGGGAAGACUGCAUUGCUCAGCUGAGAAGUGGUAUUUAUGAAUACAUCAAAACAAAAGCACUGAACACAAACAAAGAAAUAAAAAAGUUGCAAGACGUAAAACUUUACAAAAAUGUUAUUAUCAUUUCUUAAGAACCAUGCACUGGUGGCUAUUUAUAUCAAAUCAAAUUAGAUGAAACCCAUGUCAGUCGCAUUAACUGGGAAAGAAGCAAAAGAUUAUUGUUCGGAUCACUACUGUGCAUGUCGCUUGAUAACUUUCACACACUGUAUUUUGCUGUAAUCGAGAACACUGACUAUGAAAGGAUAAAAAAAGAUUGCACCUUGAAAAUAAAAAUCAGAAGACAGGAUAAAUCAGAUGUUCCCAUGCAUUUACCGAUGACAAUGGUGGAAAGUGCAGCCUAUUUUGAGUCUUACAGGCAUGUGUUGUCUUCUUUACAGAACAUCUACGAUGGAGAAUUACCUUUUGGUAGAUACUUAUUAGAGGGUCAGAAGAACAUUUAUCCUCCGCUCUACGUGCAAGACAAUACUGAUAUAGAAUACGACCUGGGUCCGAUCAUUUCCGGCGGCUACAUUUAGAAGAAUACUAGGGGAUCUGAAGAAGACUGUCGCCUGUUCAAAUCAAAUUCAAAACACUGGCCUUCACCAGACGAGCUUAAUCUUGAUGAAUCGCAAUGUAGGGCAUUGCAAUGCGCUCUGACGAGAGAAUUUGUGAUUAUACAAGGUCCACCUGGUACAGGCAAGACGCAUGUUGGCUUAACGAUAGCAAAAUGUUUGCUUCACAAUCGAAAGCAUUGGAUGAAUGAACGAAAAAUAAAUCAAGCGUUUCCAACGUCCAAGAACAAUAUUGGAGAAACAGAACACUUCAAUGAAACAUCUCCAGCAAUGUUGAUAGUUUGUUACACAAAUCAUGCAUUAGAUCAAUUCAUUGAGGGUAUCGUGAAGUUUUUAGAUCCUAAAAAUAAAAGUCACUGGGCACCAAAACUUGUUCGUGUUGGCUCAAGAUGCUUAAAUCCCACAAUAGAGGCAUUCUCUUUAAAGUACAAACGAAGACACCUAGCUGGUUUGAAAAUAGAUGAAAAGGGCUUUUUGAAUCAGCUUCAAGAAUGCCAUGAAAGAAUGCUGAAAAUCAAAUGGAUGCUGAAAAAAUCUUAUGAGAAUAUAUUUGGUGAAAAAAUUUUAAUGGAUUGGGUCAAAGAAGUAAAAACAUUAGUAGGAAGCAAAAAUGAAUUCAAUAUGCUACAAUGGUUGGAAAUUGAUUGCGAGUCAUUGCUUCAAACUACAUUGAAAGAUUAUGUAAAAUCUGAAAUAACAAAAUCCACAAAAAACAAAAGCAUACCUGAAGAUCUCCAUUAUGAAGACGAAGAAAAAAUUGUCAUAGAAACAGAGGCUGAGCGUAUUAAUAAAGAGCGGUAUAUCGAUGACGACGAUUACGAUGUUUGUACUGACUUUGAAGAAAUAGGGGUCAGUUUCGAAUUGAUAGCGGAUACAGUUUUGAAGAAUGGUGACUUUGAUGAAGUGUUCACAAAACUGCUGAAAGAGUGCGUCAGAAAGGGGAAAAAUAAUAUUCUUAAAGGUGAUGUUAUGAAAAAGACUGAAAUUCAAGAGUUCCUAAGCCCACCUUGCAGAAUACCCCUAGAUCAGAGAUGGAGGAUGUAUCGAUACUUCAUCCAAAAACUAAGAAGGAAAGCGGAACACCUCCUGAAUGCAGGGAGAAUCAAAUAUGAAGAAAUUUCAAUAAAAUAUGCACGUGAGAAACAGAAGAUUGAUCGCGAAAUCCUUUCACAUUCAGCAAUUAUUGCCAUGACAACUUCAGUGGCGGCUCGUUAUCAGGAUGUUCUGAGAGAAAUAGGUCCCCGAAUAAUUAUAGUAGAGGAGGCAGCCGAGGUCCUAGAGGCACACAUUAUUGCAACAUUGAAUUCAUACUGUGAACAUCUCAUUUUAAUCGGCGAUCAUAAGCAAUUAGAACCGAAACCUGCGGUAUUUGAACUAGCUAGAAAAUAUCAUCUAGAUUUAUCACUGUUCGAGAGAAUGAUAAAUCUAGGAUUACCAUAUGUUUGUCUUGAGAGACAGCAUCGUAUGCGUCCGGAAAUCUCGCAGUUGGUACGUCCUGUUUACAAGAAGCUGGUAGACAAUGAAAAUGUACUAGAUUACGAGAACGUCUUGGGUAUUGAAAAAAAUGUUUAUUUUGUGUCACACAAUGCUGAAGAACUUAAGAAAGAAGACACCCAAACAUAUUCAAAUGACUACAAGGUGUUGUACAUCGAACGCCUAACGCGAUAUCUUUUAAAGCAAGGCUAUAACACAAAACAAAUUACUAUCCUCACACCCUACUCUGGACAAAUGAUUAUGAUACGAAAUCGUAUGCCAAGGAGUGAAUUUGAAGGAAUUCGAAUUUCAAUUCUUGAUAAUUAUCAGGGAGAAGAAAAUGAUAUUAUUCUCCUUUCUCUCGUCAGAAGCAAUAGGGAAGGAAAAAUUGGUUUCCUCGAUAAAGAAAAUCGGGUAUGCGUGGCAUUAUCCCGAGCCAAAAUUGGUCUGUACGUCAUUGGCAACUUUGAAUUCAUACAGAAAUAUUCUUACAAAUGUAAACUGUGGACAGCUGUUUUAAAAACAUUAAAACAAAGUGGAGCACUUGGAAAAGGAGUUCCGUUAGUCUGCAGAAAUCACAGAUCAACAUGCAUACAAGCUGUAAAUCUCGAUGACUUUGACGAAGUGCCCGAGGGAGGAUGUUCCCUCAAAUGUGAAUUUAGAUUGAAAUGUGGGCAUGUAUGUAACUUAUACUGUCACCCAAGGGACCCUCGUCACAUAGAAAUAACAUGCAAUAAACAGUGUCAAUGUAAAAGGGGUCAUGACUGUAAAAAGCAAUGUCAUUAUCCCAACGAUUGUGAGUGCAGCAUAGAAGUAGAGAAAUGCCUCCCUUGCAAUCAUAUGUUUGUAAUGGCUUGUCAUAUUAACCAAGAAACCAUUAGAUGUAAAAUACAAGUAUGUAAAGACCUUCCCUGUGGACACAGAGGUGUAAUGUGUUGUUUUCAAGACCCGAUACAACAUAAAUGUGAUGUCUCGAUUCAAAGAAUUUUAAAAUGUGGCCAUCAUUGUAUGCUUCUUUGUCAUGUUGAUCAUGAAAAAUAUAAAUGCAAGGAGGUCGUUGUUAAGAGACUUCCAUGUGAACAUGAAGUGGAAAUGCAUUGCAGUGAAAGUCCGCAGAAAUAUAAAUGCAGAGAAAUGGUGAAGAGGGUUUUGAGCUGUAAACAUGAAAUAAAGCUUGAAUGUCAUGUUGAUGUUAAAAAAUAUCAGUGCAAACAAAUGGUCACUAAAAAACUCAAUUGUAGGCAUGAAGCCAAGUUACCAUGUUACAUGAGUCUGAUAGGUUACAAAUGCGUAGAAGAUGUCACAGAGAAAAGAAAUUUGAGAUUUUUGCACAGAUCAUCAUUAACCUUGGCAAUUGCUUUGGACAUAAAACGCAACUGUAAUCAUUUCUAUACUAGAAAAUGUCACGAACUGCCAAGUAUGUAUCAGAAAAAGAAUCCUUGCCAAGAACUUGUAAAGAAAAAACUGAAUUGUGGACAUGAAAUUGAAAUCGCUUGUAAUCAACAGCACGAACCAAUCCUGUGUAUGGAAACGGUAAUGUCAAAAUUUAAUUGUCAUCAUGAGAAUGUGCCUGUUCCAUGUUACCAGAAACACAAUGCACAAUGCCAGUCAAUGUGCGGUAAAAUGUGUACAGCGGAACAUAUAUGUCAUCAAGGAUGUCAUCAUCCAGAGCCCUGUGUGUGCACAGCUCGAGUGAAAAAGGAAAUGCUCUGUGGCCACCUGUUAGAUGUUCAAUGUUGUGAGGACAUUUCACAAAUAAAAUGUGAAGAACCGGUAGAGAAAAAGUUAACCUGCGGACAUGUCAAAACUUUACCUUGCAACACAGAUAUCGAAGACGUUAACAUACAGUGUGAAGUUCAGGUUCUAAAAAAGCUAAAAUGCAAUCACUCUCUUGAAAUACCAUGCUAUGUAAAUCCUUGUGAUGCAAGCAUCAAAUGUUGGAAAGAAACAACGAAAACAAUACCAUCCUGUGGACACAGUGUACGCAUUGAAUGCUGUAGAAACCCUGCUGAUGUAUCAUGCAAAGAAAAGGUAAAAAUCAUUCGACUAGAUUGUCAACAUGAGGAUGAAAUAUUCUGCUUCCUGAAAAAUUUUAGUGGCUUUGAACUUUCCAGAUUUUCACCGUGCAAAACCAGCGUACUUGUAAAAUUAGCGUGCGGACACACAUCAUCAGCAAUAUGUUCAGAACAGGAAGCCGAAAACAUUCGUUGUAUGCAACCAUGCGAAACUGAUCUUUUAUGUGGCCACACUUGUCAGGGGUCAUGCCCAGAAUGUGAAAAUAAUUUUCAACACAAGGAAUGUGAAAAGGUUUGUGAAAAGUUUCUUAUAUGUGGCCACCAGUGCUUAAGUAGUACGUGUGGUUAUUGUGGACCCUGUUCUGGUAUAUGCAGUCUCGGAUGUUGUCAUCAUGCUUGUGUCCAUCCAUGCUUCCAAGUAUGUACAAUGUGCAUUAGACCAUGCGACUGGAAAUGCAUCCAUUACAAAUGUUCUCAGCAAUGUUUUGAGAUUUGCAAUCGUGCAAAGUGUAAUGAAAGAUGCAAUAAAAAGUUGAUUUGUGGUCAUCAAUGCAUAGGCUUUUGUGGAGAUCCUUGCCCGAGACUUUGCAAAAAGUGCAACAAGAACGAACUUGGGAAGAUUUCAAUUGUCAAAUCAACUGUCUUUGUUGAGCUUCAAGACUGUGGGCAUAUUUUUGAUUCCAAAAGUAUUGAUGAUUAUAUGGAAAGUUUUGGCGAUUUUUUCUCUAUAAAACGAUGUCCAAAAUGUUCUACGAUUGUGAGGUGGCACCCACGUUACAAUGUUGAACUUAAGAAGCAGAAACUCGCACUUAAUAUGAUUAGAAAUCAGGUAGAAAGAACAUCAGUAAAGCUAAUCUUUCCUGCUUUUCCAGCUCUUAUCAGUAACGGGGAAGAUUGCUUAAACUAUAUUGCAAAAUUUGGAACUUUUUUGGCUGCAAAUGAAAACUCUCUUUUGCAGACAAAUACCGUGUUGUUUUCAUUUGCCAAAUCCAUUUUAACAUCUUCAAGAUAUCUGAUGACGAGAAAACAACCAGGAAAUCAGACGUUUGAAAGUAUAUAUAAAAAGAUGAAUACUGUAAGUGCUUUAUGGAAAUUCUUUAGUGGAACCCUAUAUAACGUUUAUUUUGAAAAAAAUGUCAAAUUGUCACACACAGACUUAAGUUCUGAGAAUAAGGUCACUGAUAAUGAACCAGUUUCUGCUCUAGAUGUGGACUCGAUUUAUCAACAGAAACAACGUCUACAUAAUGAACAACAUUUUUGUGAAAAAUAUGAAGAUUUUAAACAAAACGUUGAAGACAUACAAAAGUAUUUUGUAAAACUUAAAGGGGAAAAUAGCGAAUGUACAGAAGAUGUUCUAGAAAGGUUACAAUAUUUCAUACCAUUUCUUACAAGUAUUGGUAAAGCAUGGACACAGGCUGCGGAUAAGUUUCCGAAACUGACUGCAGUUGUUGAUAUUCACGCUAGUACCUGGAAAAUCUGUAUUAAUGGUCAUCCCUUUUCAAAGAUGAAGGACAUGGAUAAAUGUUUAUUUGAUUGCAGGCAUGAUGGAGUUUUUCUGCAACCUUUGCAGCAAUUGCGCGGAAAAGGGAGACCACAACAAAGAGAAUACCACAUUGGACAAGGAGCUAAGCUAAAAACAAGAAGAAACAAAGAGACAAAUGUUGUUCAUUUGAAAAUCCCUGAAGAGGAAUUGUGGAGUCCAAAGCACAAAAACGAUGCACACGGAAAGGGUCAAGAACUUAAACAAGGAUAUUUACCAUUCAAUCCUAUCAAAAACAAAGGCCAGGAUGAAGAAGAAAGAAAGAGAAAGCGUUCAAACAAGCGAAAAACAAAAAAUACAAAUUACGCUCCAUUUAUUUUCGAAAAUCAUGUAGGAAGGAUACAAGAACGAAGACAAACGACCAAAAGGGAUACCUUAACAGGAUUCAGUAGUGGUCAGAAUAAUAAUUCACCCAACAGACCCAUCCAACUGGAAGAUUUUCCGGUUUUGGAAAAAAAGGAAACGCAUAAUCAAGGAUUUCAACCUCAGACUUUAAUCUGAGAGUAAGCCUGCUAUGGAUUUUAUGUCAUUGUUUAAUCUCUAGCGUGAAAACAUCAAGAACAUUGUUUAAAAUUAAAAAGAGAGAAAAGGAAAAGUAUUGCAAGAAGAAAGACAAUUUGAUUUUAGAAAUUAAUGAUGAAUUAUGUGACGAGACAUUUCAUUAAGUUAAGAAAGACACAUUAUUUCUGACGAUUUUUAAACAUUACGUAUCAGGGUUAAAAAUAUUUUUUUUUUAAAAUAUAAACAAA